GGGCGCGGGGCACUCGGACAACAGGCGUCCGAGUGAGUGCCUGGGACCCUGGAAUGCACGGCCCGACGUGAGCCGCCACCCUUCCCACCGAGCGGAGCCCCGGCCCCGAGCGUCCUCUGCUCUGGGGUCCGGGUGGGGCCGCCCGCCGCCGCCCCUCCGCCAGCCCCGGCGACCCCGCCGCGCGCCCGACACCCUCCUCGGUUCCGGGGUCUUCCGGCUUGCGCCCCCCCCCCCCCCCAGUCGCUAGUGCCUGUCCCGGAGCCCCCCCGCCUCGCCCCACCCCCUGUGCCAGUCCCAGGCGUCCCCCGCCCUGCCAGCUCCGCUGUCCCUUGCGCCGGCCAGCUCGCGCCCCCCGCCGCCUUCACUUGUGCCCCCGCCCCCUGCCCCCAGUGCCUGUCUCAGGUGCCCCGCACCCCUCCACUCGUGCCUGCGCCCCUCCCGGCCCCUUGUGCUAGUCCCGGGCGCCCCCUGCCCGGUUCCCUGUGCCUGUCCCGGCGCCCGGAGCCUCUCGCCCAGCGCGCUCGUACCAGUCCCCGGCGACCCCGCCCCUUCUGCUUUGGUGUCGCCAUCGAUGUGCUCUGCGCUCUCCUGAGCCGGCCCCAGAAGUGGGCGGGCCUGUUUGCCUCAGGUGGUCUAACAGGCGCUGGGAAGGGCCAAUGGCGUGGUGGCACAGCUCCGCCCCUUCCUCCCGAUUGGUCGGCGCCGGAAGGCCGCGGCCAGAGCCUGGGGGCCGAAGCAGGAGCGGGACUCCUCCUCAGUCGCCGCUCCGCGCGCUCUCAGCUCUCGUGUUCUGUCCGCUCCUGCUCGGUCCGUCGCCGCCGCCAUGGCCCAAGCUGAUAUUGCACUGAUUGGACUGGCUGUCAUGGGCCAGAACUUAAUUUUGAACAUGAAUGACCAUGGCUUCGUGGUUUGUGCUUUUAAUAGGACGGUCUCCAAAGUGGACGAUUUCUUGGCCAACGAGGCAAAGGGAACCAAGGUGGUCGGUGCACGCUCCUUGGAGGAGAUGGUCUCCAAGCUGAAGAAACCGAGGCGGAUCAUACUGCUGGUGAAGGCUGGCCAAGCUGUUGAUGAUUUCAUUGAAAAACUGGUACCAUUGUUGGACACUGGUGACAUCAUCAUUGAUGGAGGAAAUUCUGAAUACAGGGAUACCACAAGACGAUGUCGAACCCUCAAGGCCAAGGGAAUCCUGUUUGUGGGGAGCGGAGUCAGUGGCGGAGAGGAAGGGGCCCGCUAUGGCCCCUCACUUAUGCCAGGAGGGGACAAAGAAGCCUGGCCCCACAUCAAGACAAUCUUCCAAGGCAUCGCUGCAAAAGUAGGAACUGGGGAACCGUGCUGUGACUGGGUGGGAGAUGAAGGAGCGGGACACUUCGUGAAGAUGGUGCACAACGGGAUAGAGUACGGGGACAUGCAGCUCAUCUGCGAGGCCUACCACCUGAUGAAAGACGUGCUGGAGAUGGGGCACGACGAGAUGGCGAAGGCAUUUGAGGAAUGGAAUAAGACCGAGCUCGACUCGUUCCUGAUUGAAAUCACGGCCAACAUCCUCAAGUUCCAAGACAGCGACGGCAAACACCUGCUGCCGAAGAUCAGGGACAGCGCGGGGCAGAAGGGCACAGGGAAGUGGACUGCCAUCUCAGCCCUGGAGUACGGCGUUCCUGUCACCCUCAUCGGAGAGGCAGUUUUUGCUCGGUGCUUAUCAUCUCUGAAGGACGAGAGGGUUCAAGCCAGCCAAAAGCUGAAGGGUCCCCAAAAGAUCCAGUUUGAAGGUGAUAAGAAAUCAUUCCUGGAGGACAUUCAGAAGGCCCUGUAUGCUUCCAAGAUCAUCUCGUACGCGCAAGGCUUUAUGCUGCUGAGACAAGCCGCCAUGGAAUUCGGCUGGACCCUCAACUACGGUGGCAUCGCCCUGAUGUGGAGGGGGGGCUGCAUCAUCAGGAGCGUGUUCCUAGGAAAGAUAAAAGACGCAUUCGAUCGGAACCCACACCUUCAGAAUCUACUACUGGAUGACUUUUUUAAGUCUGCUGUUGAAAACUGCCAGGACUCCUGGCGGCGGGCGGUGAGCACCGGUGUCCGGGCGGGCAUCCCCAUGCCCUGCUUCACCACCGCCCUCUCCUUCUACGAUGGCUACAGACACGAGACGCUGCCCGCCAACCUUAUCCAGGCUCAGCGGGAUUACUUCGGGGCUCACACUUACGAACUCUUAGCCAACCCCGGACGGUUUGUCCACACCAAUUGGACAGGCCACGGUGGCAGCGUGUCGUCCUCUUCCUACAAUGCCUGACCGGACUGGUCACCCGCCACGAUUCCACAGGUUGGGACAUUCCACUUGGCCACACGACACCGCUUACGCAGCCCUCUGCCCCACAGCCCACUGCGCAGACCUUUUAAAAUAAAGUCUCACAAGGGACUCCUGAAAAAGUCAGCACGAGUUUACUUGUAACGUAGCUCUUUGAGACCCGCCAUGCCCUCGGCCCCCGCCCCUUGGGGCGACCCGGAGGGGACCAUGUGCGCGGUAGCGUGAAUCAGCUCCACGUGGCACCUGUGGUCGGGGAGGCAGCGCAAUCUUCCCGGCUAGAGGCGCACGUAGAUGGGAAGGGUUUCUGUGGAGUCCGCUCAAACUGGAACCUUUGUAUCACGUAGAAUUCCCAGCUUUCUCUACUUAAUAAAAGAUACAUUCUAUCUGCGCCUCA